AUGGAUGUAGGCCCUGAAAAGCUUAACUUCCCCCAGCCUGGCAUUGAUCAUGGCCUUCUUAAAUGCUUGGUCAACAUGUCCGAAUGGCAGGAGAGGAGGCACUGGGUUGACAGCACGUGGUGGUACUUUCUGAUCUUCACCAUACUGAUCCUGGUCCUCAACGCCAUCUGUCUCGGCAUCAGCCACAGCAAAGUCAAGGAAGUGCCCACGGCCUUGCUUGGCAUCGUAGCCGGUGUAGGUUUGCUCGCCUCGUUUGUGUGCUUACUUGCACCAUGCAUUGCCGGCUUCCGGAACUACUACAUCAACAAAAUGUACUGCCCAGCGAGGAUCAAGAUGCUUAACGGCGCAGACGGCCCAGUCGAGCUGUACAAGACUUCACGUGGAUUCUGCACCGUGUUGGUGAGUCUCGUGACCAUGGGCCUUAGCUUUGCUUCCGCAAAGAAGGCGGACGAGCAGAUCAAAGCCGCUGCAGCUGUUGUCUAG